AUGUCCGCUAUCCAGAACCUCCAGUCUUUCGACCCCUUUGCUGAUGCAACUAAGGGUGAUGACUGGCUCCCAGCUGGGACAGAGGAUUCUAUUCACAUAAGAAUCCAACAGAGAAACGGGAGGAAGACUCUUACCACCGUACAGGGGAUUUCAGAUGAUUACGAUAAAAAGAAGUUAGUUAAGGCGUUCAAAAAGAAAUUUGCCUGCAAUGGUACUGUGGUUGAGCACCCAGAAUACGGAGAGGUAAUUCAGCUUCAAGGGGACCAGCGAAAAAACGCAUGCCAGUUCCUCGUUGAGGUGGGACUGGCAAAGGAUGACCAGCUGAAAGUCCAUGGCUUCUAA